AAUACCUGAACAUGGAAAGAGAAUGAUAGCAUCCUUCGUGGAUUAACAUUAAUAAAUGUCUAAAAGACAAAAUGAUAUUGCUGUUGAUUUCAGGACUUGCGAGCAAAUAAGUGUGAUUUUCCACUUAAUUCCUGGCCGCCGAGUACCGCCGACUGACAGAGUAUCACAAAAGCUGCUUUAAUUUGUAUGCACAGAAAUAUCUCUCCUGCUUGCUUGGCCUUUGCUGGCUUUAAUUAAAUUUACUAUACUAAUUGGAUGCCUUUACCAAAUUAUAUGGCAGAAAAUCUAGAAAGAACUUAUCAAGUGAUGAGAACAUCAAAAUGCAUUUAAGUAUGAUUGAGAAAAAGUCCUAGCCUUUAGAGGUGGGAGAUAGUGUGGACUACUGACCAUGUCGUGGUAUCGGAGGACAGCUGUCUUAGCUGUUCUCUGUAGUUUAAUCUAUUGCUCGGAGACAUCCGUUACCUUAACCGUUAUGGCUCCAGCCUCGCCAAAGUCUCGCCUGUUCUCGUUGUCAAAAAUCAUCCCAGCGGUUAAUCUUGGAAUUAAGGAAGUGCAAAGGCGGGAAAUUUUACUUCAUGUAAAUGUUACCUUUGUUGAUACGGAGGAAUCUGCCAUUAAAGCCCCUGUUGAAGCAUUUAAAAUAGUCAGAGAGGGUCGACAGAACGUGUUUCUGGGACCAGUGGGGGACUACGCCCUCUCACCGGUUGGUCGUUACGCCCCCUACUGGAACAUCCCUAUCCUGACCCCCGGAGGAUUUUCACAUGAUUUUAAAGUUAAUAGGAAAAGCGAGUACCCCACCUUAAUUCGAACAGGGCCAAGUUUUGACAGUGUGUCCGCCUUUAUAGACCAUAAGAUUCUGCAGCGUUACAAAUGGCGGAAGAUCAGCCUUUUGUAUGAUAGAAAUGACCGAGGAUUGUUUAGUGGGUUUGACUACCUUUUGGGAUCAGCUUUUGUCGUACAACUGCGGGAUAAUUCUAAGCACUUGGAUUACGAUAUUAACACCUCAUUGCUGCAUCAUGUCCCCUCCAGUAGGAAUUAUACUAAAACACUGGUGGAGGACGUGGGAGGAAGGUAUGGGGGGUCUGUUUUCUAUAACAUUUCGAGAUCAAGUCAAACAUUUCCCCCAAUCCUGUGGCUGCUUCUAACAUGGAGUGUAUACUGUGUGUCGGGGGCAAGGAUUCCGCUCAGACUGACUACAAUGGCCCCCAAGUUUCCAAGGGAAAGAAUGUUUUCCCUGACAAAAAUUAAACCUGCCAUUAAACUUGGAAUAGCAGAAGUGCAGCGACGUCAAAUUCUUCCAAACCAUGAAUUCAAUCUCACGUUUGUUGACACAAAGGAGAGUUCUAUUGUGGGCCCAGUACAGUUCUUUAAUUUCAUUCAUCAGGGAGGAGAGAACCUCUUUCUAGGACCCGUGGCGGAUUACACCCUGUCCCCUGUAGCGGGGUAUGCCCCGUUUUGGAAUGUGCCUAUUCUAACCCCCGGUGGCCUUUCUCAUGAUUUCAGGAAAAAGAGAGCAGAGGAAUAUAAAACACUUACCCGCAUCGGUCCGGGAUUCGACAGCACGGCCAGAUUUCUAGUAGAUGACGUGAUGAGAAUUCAUAACUGGAAGCGCGUGAGCCUGAUUUACGACACGGAUAGCAGAGGACUGUUUCACGGUUAUGAUUUCCUUUUAGGGUCAGCCUUUAUAAAUCACUUCAAAAGCUCCCUCGGUUCUGAUGUCAGAUUUGACAUCCUAACACCGGACCGGGAACAUGGCGAGAUUCUCAAAGACACGGUCGGUAACCGAUUUUCUG